AUGGCCCAAUAUCGCUCGGCAGCCGACAACGAAUGCUCUAAUGAAAGAGUGGGAAGAUCCGUCCUGGGAGUCAUCGUUUUGACGCUGUACCUUUCGCAAAUCCCCUGGAAGCACCUCGGAAGCUCACCUCUCCGGACGCAGUGUAAGGUAAGAGGUACAGGCGGGCAGAGGAGAGGAGAUACUCCCAGUCCCAGAGAGAAACAGGAGGUAUCUACUAGGCAAAUACGCCCCGCGACAAUGCCUGCUAGAAAGCACAAAAGCGUUCACUACAACAAUCCCGAUACAGUUGAUGCAACCCCCAAUAACUCACAACAACAUCCACUGUUGGUGCAAAUCAAUAAACCUAUUCGUCGCAUGCGCAUGGGACAUUGUGGGACUGUUGUAAUAACAUCCACUAGGAGGUACCUUAUUGAGGAGUACCUCCUACCUCCUACUGCGGACGAACACACCGGGUGUCUACCGUGUCUUACUUUACACAGUUACACUCUCGGGAGCGUCGGUUCCAGGUGUGGUCUUAUCGGGUCUUAUCGUGAUGAUCGACAGGUGGGAGGACAGCAGCUAAUAAACGACCACGCCACGUUUGAUGACAUUUUGUGA